CGCGCGCGGCGGAGCGUCAUUCAGCGGCGGCCGCGAGAUGAGGACGCAAUAAUGACAGGAGUGAUUUUAGUCUUAUUUAACGUGUUAGCUAACGUCGCAUCAUGAGUUUAUGUUAAGAUAACGUUUGAUUUCAGUCACAAUCAUCGACUCAGGAAGCGGAAGAGCGCGGAAUAUCGAUCCGUGAUCGGUUAUUGAUCAUCAUGCCGCCCAUCGAGAACGACGCGGGUCGCGAGCAGAUCCGAUCGAAGAUCAAAGAGCUGAUCGAUGCUAAUCAAGUGAUGGUGUUCAGCAAGAGCGCCUGUCCCUUCUGCGUCAAGGUGAAGGAACUCUUUAAAGAGCUGAAUGUCAAGUGUAACGCCAUCGAGCUGGACCUGAUGGAUGAUGGAACCAACUACCAGGACUUACUGCAUGAGAUGACGGGGCAGAAAACCGUCCCCAACGUCUUCAUCAACAAGAAACACAUCGGAGGCUGUGACAACACCAUGAAGGCACACAAAGAUGGCGUCCUGCAGAAGCUGUUGGGUGAAGGCAGUGAGGCGUAUGAGUACGAUCUCAUCGUCAUUGGCGGUGGUUCUGGCGGUCUGGCCUGCUCAAAGGAAGCUGCUGCGUUGGGGAAGAAGGUUAUGGUUCUGGAUUAUGUUGUUCCCACACCGAAGGGCACAACCUGGGGUCUGGGUGGCACAUGUGUGAACGUAGGCUGUAUUCCCAAGAAACUGAUGCAUCAAACGGCCCUGUUGGGUACAGCCAUGGAGGACGCACGCAAGUUCGGCUGGGAAUUCUCUGAUCAGGUGACUCACAACUGGGAGACAAUGAGGACCGCGGUGAAUAACUACAUCGGUUCACUGAACUGGGGCUACAGAGUUUCCCUACGAGACAAAAACGUCAAUUACGUCAACGCCUACGCUGAGUUUGUGGAGCCGCACAAGAUCAAGGCCACAAACAAGCGUGGUAAAGAGAUGUUCUACACUGCAGCUAAGUUUGUCCUAGCGACAGGAGAGAGGCCUCGUUAUCUGGGCAUCCCAGGAGACAAAGAGUACUGCAUCACCAGUGAUGACCUGUUCUCAUUGCCCUACUGUCCCGGGAAGACUCUUGUCAUCGGCGCAUCGUAUGUGGCUCUGGAGUGCGGAGGUUUUCUAGCCAGUUUGGGGCUGGAUGUGACCAUCAUGGUUCGCUCCAUUCUGCUGCGAGGAUUCGAUCAGGACAUGGCCAACCGUGCAGGAGAUUACAUGGAGACACACAGGGUCAAAUUCCUCAGGAAGUUUGUUCCUACAAAGAUCGAGCAGCUUGAAGCUGGAACUCCAGGCCGAAUUAAAGUGACGGCCAAAUCAACUGAUAGUGAUGAAAUCAUUGAAGGAGAAUACAAUACUGUGUUGAUCGCAGUGGGUCGUGACGCCUGUACAGGAAAGAUCGGUCUGGACAAGGCUGGAGUUGUAGUCAAUGCCAAGAACGGGAAGAUCCCAGUGAACGAUGAGGAGCAGACCAACGUUCCUCACAUCUAUGCCAUUGGAGACAUCCUGGAGGGGAAGUGGGAGCUCACGCCUGUGGCCAUCAAGGCCGGGAAACUUCUGGCUCGCCGACUGUACGCUGGAGCAACUCUGAAGUGCGACUAUUUGAACGUUCCCACCACUGUCUUCACUCCUAUGGAAUACGGCAGCUGUGGUUACCCAGAGGAGAAGGCCCUCGAGAUCUACGGAAAGGAGAACAUCGAGAUCUAUCACAGUCUGUUCUGGCCUCUGGAGUUCACCGUUCCCGGCCGAGACAACAACAAGUGCUACGCCAAGAUCAUCUGCAAUAAACUUGACAACGAACGUGUGAUUGGCUUCCACUAUCUGGGUCCUAACGCCGGUGAGGUCACUCAGGGCUUCGGAGCCGCCAUGAAAUGUGGAAUUAUCAAAGAUCAGCUGGACAACACCAUCGGGAUUCACCCUACCUGUGCUGAGAUAUUCACCACCAUGGAGGUCACCAAGCGCUCCGGCGGAGACAUCACUCAGUCCGGCUGCUGAGGUUAAACCCUGCUCGUUUAACAGGCUGUCAAGACUAGUUUAAACUAGUUUAUUCUAGUGAUUUAUCCCUCUCCUCUUGGCAUAAACACACUCGAGUCUCUUUAAUUAAUCUCAGGUCAUCAAAACUCAGUUAACAUCAUGAUCCGCCCUGCUCUUAAAAGGCUUUUGUGUCUCACUGUUCACCCUUAAACCAUGUGAAGGGUGUAUUGUGGGCGGAGUCUGGGAGCAGCAAUAAGACACGACAGCCCUUCAGAGGCGGGCUUCACUUGCCUAGAGACCAAUGACCGGGAGAGGAGAUGAUGAUUGACAGCCUGUUAGACAGCGGGGUUACUCUGCUUUAACCGAUUGUCCGAGUCAGAAAUGCGCCAGAUGUGUCUGUGCUUUACACUUUUCUUUCUUACACCUUAUAAACUCAUGCUCGCACAUUCGCGUCUGGUGCUCUGUGAUGUUUUAACCCUUAACCCACGUUCAGUGGCGGGUUACGACUGAUGUUUUCUACACUUGGACUUUAAAUGGAUAAACUUAUGUUAACGAGAACACUGAUCUGUGGCCUUCAGACUCACGAGGGCCGCAUACUUUCUUUUCUUUUGGUUGUAGGAGUUAAAUAUUUUUCUAUAUUUAAUAGUGGUUUGUCAUCAGUUGCUCGGCAGAGCGUCGUCAUUCCACGUCAGGAUCAUAGUAAGGCGGAUUUCACUUCCCACGCUCAUUUUCUGAUUUAGCUGUUGAGUAACUGAGACGUGAUCGAAGCGCAAACCAAAUGCAGCAUGUAGAUGCUUCCUCAAAAGUAUUUAAACCAACAGGCUUCACUGAGAUCCGUGUGACCGCAAACUCAUUUGUAGUUUGUGAUGCCUGUCAGAGCACAUAGAAAUAUCAAUAAAGUGUGUAUGUUCAUAUUUUUAUAAAUAUAUAACUGAAUUGCAUUACCUGUAUCUGUACGGAGGUUUCAUUCAAAUAUAAAUGCACGUCUGUUUGUAUUUGUUUGACUUUUGCUGUUUAUUUGCUUUCUGGAUUAUUUUGUCCAGUGUCUCACAUCAUUCACUCCCUUUUACUUUCUAAGGAUAGUUUAAGGAUCAAAGUUCUUAGUUUUUACUGUCACUCAGCUGCUGGUGAAUGUAUGAUAUUUCCAUAGUAUCUGUUCAAAUUCUAUUCAUGAACUUUAAUAAAAGUAUGUACACAACUUGAGUUUCUCACAGGUUUAUUUGCACUAAGUUAUCUUAAACGUGUAUUAAUCAGUGAUAUAUAAGCCUUGAAACUUUAAUAAACAUUGUAAAUUGUG